UCCACUCAUGACACAGAGGAACUCAAGAUUGUCGUUGUGGGAGAUGGAGGCUGUGGGAAAACAUCUCUUCUCAUGGUGUAUGCCAAGGAUUACUUUCCAGAGAAAUAUGCCCCGACAGUGUUUGAAAAAUACAGCACCUCUGUGGUCUUGAAAGGAAAAGAAGUCAAGCUCAAUGUAUACGACACAGCAGGCCAAGAGGACUACGACAGGCUGCGACCGCUCUCGUACCAGGAGGCCCAUCUGAUUCUGUUGUGCUUUGACGUGACCAACCCCACCAGUUUUGACAACGUGACCAUCAAGUGGCACCCUGAAGUGAAACACUUCUGUCGGGACGUCCCGGUCAUCCUGAUUGGCUGCAAGACCGACCUGAGGAAGGACAAAGAGUGCACCAGGAGGCUAAAGGCCGUUAACCAGGCUCCUAUUACGUACAUGCAGGGACAGGCUGCCCAGCGGGUGAUGGAAGCCGAACUCUACUUGGAGUGUUCGGCCAAGUACCAGGAGAAUGUGGAAGACGUCUUCAUGGAGGCCGCCAAGCACGCUUUGGCCUACCGCCGCAAGCAAAAAGACUACAAAAGGAAGAGGAAAUGUGCAAUUCUAUGA